UCGUUCUGAUCUCCUGAGCGUGUGUUCUUCCUUGUGCGCUUUCGCAAUCUCUGACUGUUCAACUGGAACGCUCAAAUUCGCGAGCAAUAAAGAAAAGUUUGAAUUUUUAUGCUGAUUUGAGCUGUUCUUUUGGUUUUCUUAGUCGCGAUCUUCUCAGAAACCCUAGAGUCGAGCUUCGCUUAAUGAUUUUUUGGCCACAGAUUUGUUUCAAGGGGUUUAACUGAAAAAGUCGGUCAGUAUGCCGUGGACAUCUUCUUUUGUUAAUUACAGCAGGAACUGUGUCCGCUUGGUGGUAUUCUUCCGUGUGAUACUGUAAAAUUCGAGCUUCUGUCGUGAGAAAAUAUUUGGUUCUAGAGGAAUUAUUUUCAUUUAGACCUUAUUACAAUAUUGGUCUGGUAGGAGUGAGAAUGUACGUUGCAGUUAACCUGAAAAGAUAUCAAAAAGUGAAGGAAGUCGGGAAAAUUACAAUGAAUGUCAGGGUCAUUGCAUGCUAUCAAUUAAUGCAAGUUUGUCAGGCUGAGUACUUUCGCCAGUUGCUUAAGCCUGUUACGUAGUUCAAACAUCACAGGCUCCUGGACACAGAAGCUGACUGCCCUCUUGCUUUGUCCAUUCAUCAGAUGGCAGUAGCAAAAAUGAAUUAUUUGUACAUGGUAGCUGUUAACUUGGGAUAGGCAGCUCUCUCAUCAUCAUGGUGAUAGCAUAAGCCCCUCCAAUUUAGUCUCCCGUUUACCUUAGGAAACCUCUCUUUGAAACUGAACUUCGGUGUUGUCAACACCAUCACUCCCCAUCCAUCCACACGCUGUAUUUGACUGAUCACUAGGUCCAUUCAUGCAGGGUGACCAACAUUUUUACCCUAGAAAGGUGGUGCCACCACUUGCUUAUCAAGUCAGUGGUAGCUGUAUGUUUAAUGCUCCUGUUGCACCCUUCUUAGGUGCAACUCUACCACCAUGUCUAAACCAGGGAGCACCCAUUCAUGGGUUUGAAUUCCAACCUUCUGAAGUGUGUCCAAGGAAUUUCAUUAUUUUUGACCAGACUGGUAACAAAAACCGGAUCAUGUUCCAUCCUGCACUUGCCAACAAAUUCAGUUGCCCUGGAUUUGAAAUAUGUGGGACUCAAAUCGAAGACAAUGGAGCGAGGAAAGAUAUAGACAAGGACAACAUAGAAUCCAUCACUCCCUUGAAGGAGGACACGGAAGACAUUAAUGCAUUGUUGAGCUUGGAAGAGGAAGAACAAGAAGAUGGGGAUGUAAUCAGCACUGCACGAACUCAUGGCAGCUAUAGUAGCAAUUCUCCAGAUUCAUGUUCAACUUAUGGUUCAAAACCCAGCAAACGUAGGUUGUCAUCCUCUAUUCAGAACCCAUUUUGUGGCAGUGGCAGCAGUUGCAACAGUGAAACUAAACGUCUGAGAAUGAAGAAGAUGAUAAAGGCACUGAGAGGAAUUGUGCCUGGUGGCAAACAGAUGAGUACUGUUUCUGUGCUUGAUGAAGCAGUUAGGUACCUCAAAUCUCUGAAGGUGGAAGUGAAGAAGUUGGGCAUAGGGAAUUUCAAGAACUGAGCCAAAGUCUCCACCAUGGUAACGAAGAUUGAACUCUCCUUUUCCUUUUCUUCCUUUGAUUAUCAAUAAUUACCAUCUUAGUUGAAUGCUCUCUUUCUCUCUCUCUCUCUCUCUCUCUCUCUCUCUCUCUCCCCCUCCCUCCUUUAUGCCAUGUUGUAUGGCAUAGCCUUGAUGCUUUUGGUGGUGGGUCGAUAUUGGCUUAGGCAAGGGAGGUUGAUUCAGUUGGGUUGGGUAAGGUGGGAUGGGAACUGUGAACUUUUAGGCUUUAGUGACUGGCCCCUGUUUGGUUUGUUGAAUGAUUGAAUCAAAGGGCAGGGUGGUGCUGGGUUAAGGGAGUUUAUGUAUUGUUUAUGUUCUUGCUACUUCCGUCAUUUCUCUUUCAAUGUCGUAAUAAUGUUUUCAAUAUUACAUAUUUUUGCAUUCUCCCUGUCUUCUUUCCAUCUGCCUUCUGCAGUCUUUUUAAGCAUCCUAUUUUAUUAAUAUCCAUGACUGCUUUUUGCUGUAUGGGAUCCAAAUCGAUUAUUGGUUUAAUAAUGCUUCAAUGGGAAUUCAUUACUUCUAUGAGGAUUGUGGACAUGACAUUGCCUCUCUCUCUCUCUCUUUCUCUAAUUAAUUGCAUUUUAUUAAAACCUUUUGUGUUUGUUUCAUAUGCUGGAAAUCUUUGAGACGAGAAAUUAUAGGUCAUGCCAUGCAUGGUGCUGUACCUUGGACCUCACCAUUUCCAAUAACUAGUGGUCUUAGUGGCACAAAGCCCACCCUCUGGGUUGGAUUGGAAUUUGAAUUGGCUAUAAAUUAAUGGAUGCACCGUGCACUGACUGCAACUGCUGAGCUUUUGGAACCUUCCGGAUGUCGUAUAUCCCUUUGAUCAAGGCCCAGUCUGCAAUUUUGUAUCCUAAGCCAAAUCCUGCUUCUGUGUUCGGACAGCAAGUAGAGGUAAAUGCAAUGUAAGGCCCAGUCUAAAACAAUGACCUCAGUCAGAUUCUCAGUUCUCAGUUACAGGCUACCCCAUGGGGUCCCACACAGGAUUUCCUCUAAAACUUUCUAGGACUGAUCAGAUCUUCCUGAGUUCCUAUCACUCACUUUUUCCGGUCUGUUCAAAUACUUUUGAGUUUCGAGUCUUUUGACCACUCCAAGAAGCAUGUGAAUGCGAAGGCGGAUUUCUCUGAUAUAGAGGGAGACUGGGAACACCAAAUUUGAAGUGGAUUGUGGUUCACUGUGACCCUUUUUUUUUUGGCUUUUCCUCUUCUUUUCUGAUAGGCAAUUGACUGAGGCUGAGCGAGCCGGUGAGGGUGCAUAUUCACGUGCCGAGUUUGGUUUUGAUUCCCGUUUUAGUCCUUUCAACUAGCUCCAACCUUUGUUUGGGCACGAAUUCCCCAAUCCCCAUCACCAUCGGCAAAUUUGUCGUCAUCUCCCCUCUCAUGUGGGUAAAAGUAAUCUCUCUCCGGUGAAAACACCAGAGUUCUGUGCCAGUGCCACAUGGAGGAGAGUACCCCAAGUCGUCAGACCUAAACUGUUCAACAACGUUAGCCGGAAGUACAAAUCUGUUUUUUUCCCCCACGGCGGUCUAUCCGGCUAAAAGUGGCCACGUGGCAGAGGUCUACCCGGAAGUACAAAUCUGUUUUUUUGCCAUGUGGCAGAGGUCUACCCGGCUAAAAGUGUCCACGUGGACGAGGAGUAAGGACAGAACUAUAGAUCCGUUUUGAGAACAUGUCAGAUUGGUGUUGCACAUGACUUUCCUCAGCUCUGAGCAGACCUAUUGGGCCUCUCACCGGAAAAUCAAGCCUGACUGCCUGAGAUUAAUUUGAUCAGAACGAAGGAAAGCAAAUUCCAAUGAACCACGGGACAAUACACAUCUCUUUCCAAAUUCCAACAAACCAAUGUAGCUGUGGAAAUCUGCUCAGAUGGAAUCCCCCCGGGUGCCACUCGAUUCAUCUUCUACUUUGAUCUGUUGUUCACUGUUAAUUUAAUUCCGUGAACCAGGCCACUCGUUUAAUGGUUCAACUGUCUGGUUUAGCGGUUUGUCAAUCGAGAACCAGGUAAAAAAUGGAAUUGGA